AUGUAUGUUGCCACGUCGAAAUACGCUGAGCAGCUCUUUCAUGCGACGCGACCUCUCGAUCGUGAUCGCAUGGAGCAGGAUCUAUCGAUCCAUCUGAAGAAGGCCACCAGUCCUGAGGAGACUUCGCCGAAGCAGAAGCAUGUGCGCAAGUGUAUUGUGUAUACCUGGGACCACAAGUCGUCGCAAUCCCUAUGGACAGGCCUUCGUGUCUUGCCUAUCCUGAAUGAUGAAGUGCAGACGUUCAAAGCGUUGAUUACUGUGCACAAAGUCCUGCAGGAAGGCCAUCCUAUUGUGCUACGUGAGGCGCAGGCGCAGGCCAACUGGCUCGAUACGUGUGCGCGUAUGAAUACAAAUGCGCCGCGUGGCUAUGGCAACCUGAUUCAGGCCUAUGUCUCAUUCCUACAUGCGAAGCUGCGCUUUCAUCGGCAGCACAAGGAGUUCAAUGGGUUGUUUGAGUACGAGGAAUACAUCUCGUUGAAAAACAUCGACAACCCUGACGAAGGCUAUGAGACCAUUAUUGAGCUCAUGAACCUGCAAGAUCGUAUUGAAAAAUUCCAAAAGCUUGUGUUCUCUACGCUGCGUGGGCGUGCCAACGAGUGCCAGAUCUCAGCAUUGGUGCCCAUGGUCAAGGAAUCGUACGGUAUCUACAAGUUCCUCACGUCGAUGUUGCGUGCCAUGCAUCGUCGUACAGAUGCUAUGGAUGCGUUGGAACCUCUUCGUGGGCGAUACAAUGAGCAGCACUAUGAACUUCGUCGUUUCUACUUUGAGUGCGCCAGUCUGAAAUACCUCACGAGUCUGAUCAAUGUACCGAAGCUGAACGCCGAGCCGCCGAGUCUCUUGGCUUCCCCCGAUGUACCGGAGCUUCCACCCCGUGAAGCACCUACACCGGCGCGUGAGCCUACGCCUCCGCAAUUCGAGCACUCACAGGCCGAGAUCGAUGAGCAGGCGCGUCUUCUGAAGCAGUUUGAGGACAAGCAACGUCUCUUGAAAGAACAGGAAGAGGCAGAAGCGCGCCGUAAGGAGCGCGAGGCUCAGGAACGUGAGCGAGAAUUUGCGGCCAGGCAGGCCGAACAGGCUGAGCAGCAGCGGGCCGCGCAAGAGCAGCUGCUGCGCUCGCAAGAGAUGAAUCAUAUCCAUGGCCGCGUCGCUGAGCUGGAGCGUGAUUUGCUGUUUAUGCGUGGCCAGUACGAGCGUGAUCAGCUGCUCUUGCAUCAGUACGAUGCACGCGUCAAAGCCUUGGAGAUGGAGCUCAACUCCGCUGGGCAAAAUAUUCAGGCGCAGAUGGCAGGCAAGGAUGAGAUGCUGCAGCAGUUGCAGGAGCAAGUGGAGACGUGGCGCAAGAAGUACGAGGCCCUGGCGAAGCUCUAUUCGCAGCUUCGUAACGAGCAUCUCGACCUGCUGGGCAAGUACAAGCAGGCGCAGCUGAAGGCGGGCAGUGCCCAGGAAGCGAUCAACAAGAUGGAACGUAUGGAGCGUGAUGCCAAGGCCAAGAACUUGGAGAUGUCGGAUAUGAUCCGUGAGCGUGAUCGUGCGCGUUUGGAGCUGGAUCGUAUGCGUGGUGGCGAGCGCGAAGAGGUAGAGCGCUUGAAGCGUGAGCUCCGCUUUGCCGAGGAACGGGCGGCCGAUGCGAUCCAGGCACGUGGCGACGAGGUGUCGAGUAUUAUGGCGCGUAUGAAUGCCCAAAUUGCCGAGCUGGAGGAGGCGCUGUCCUCGCACAAGGCACAGCUGGAGGCCAAAGAGGCGGAGACGUUGAUUUUGCAGGAAGGUAUGGACUCGACCAUCCGGCAAAUGAACGAGAUGCGGCUGGACCAAGGCACGUCCGACGACGCGCUCAAUGCGCAGAUCGAUACCAUCAUUCUCGACAACACCAAAAAGCUCAGUGCCAUUAUCGACUCGAUUUUGCAGGCCUGUGCUGAUAAGGUGGACGAUGCCCUCUACGAGCUCGAGUCGCCCAUGUCCAACGCGGCGUCCUCUGCCACACCCGAGUACGUCCUAUCGCUUCUGGAAAAGACCCAAGCCUCGUCGAACGAAUUUGCGGCGGUGUUUUCCAUGUACGUCGAGCAGCAAGCAGGCGGCGAGCAUGUCGCUGUCAUCAAGUCGGCCAACCAACUCGCCCAGGCCGUGGCGGAUUCGCUUCUCAAUUUCCGAGCCAUUUUGCGGUUCAGCAAGGAUGAAGAUGCCAUGGAGCGCCUUACGAGUGUGGGUGUAGAUGCCGGCAAUGCGAUCUUGCGGUUCUUCCUCAACACGCAGUCCUACCGCUUGGCCGGCAUGACUGUCGCGCAACGCGGCCAAGUUGCCAUGCAGCAGAACGCCCAGGCUAGCCAGGCCCUCAACCGACUCGCUGAUGCCGCCCAGGGUCUGAUUGCCUCGGGUCAGCACGUCAAGGCGCAGGGUGAUCUAGGUGACUUGGUCGAGCGCGAAAUGAUGACGGCAGCUAGCACGAUUGAGCAGGCGACGCAGCGUUUGCAGGCGCUGCUCAGUCGCGAUAAAGCCUCGUCGCGUUUCUCCGCUACAGAGCUGCAAGUCCACGAUACCAUCCUCGAGGCCUCGCUGGCUAUUAUGCGAGCCAUUGGCGGCCUCAUUCGUGCGGCCACGGAGAGUCAGGAGGAGAUUGUGGCACGUGGACGUGGUACAAGCACCGUGCAGCAAUUCUACAAGAAGCACAACCGCUGGACCGAAGGCCUGAUUUCCGCAGCGCGAGCUGUUGCGUUCGCCUCUACGAUGCUCAUUGAGGCAGCGGAUGGCGUGAUUAUGGGCACCCACAGCCUUGAGCAGCUGAUUGUGGCGUCGAACGAAGUGAGUGCUGCGACGGCGCAGUUGGUCGCUGCGUCCCGUGUCAAGAGCGAAUUCAUGUCACAGACGCAGGACCGCCUGGAGCGUGCGGCGAAGGCCGUGACAGAAGCGUGCCGAGCCCUUGUGAAGCAGGUACGCAUGAUUACCGAGCAGCAAAUGGGCACAGAGGAUCUCGACUAUGCCAACAUGGCCACGCACGAGUUCAAGGUGCGUGAGAUGGAGCAGCAAGUCGAAGUCCUCAAGCUUGAAAAGGAACUGAUGCAAGCUCGGCGUGUCCUUGGCGCUAUGCGCCGGGCUGGCUACCAUGCCACGGAGGACGAGUAA